AGGAAGAGGUUCUGUGGGAGAGGUUCUGUAGGAGCGGUUCUGUAGGAGCGGUUCUGUAGGAGCGGUUCGGUUCUGUGCUGGUCUUGUUUCAACAUUAAAUCAUCCAGAACAAAAACAUCAGCCUGGAAAUUUAAACCAGCUUGAAGAGAAACAGAUUGAGUUUCAUUUCCUUCAUUUGGAGGAGAGAAACAGCCAGACAUCCACAGAUCAGAUCCAGCAGUCGGUUUCAGCUUCAGACGUUUCGUUUCCUCUCAUCAUGGGAAGCGUCUCAUCCAGUGCUGCAAACCCAGAAUAUGAGGAGGGAAAACACACAGACAUGAACAGAAAAGAACCAAAACCAGGAGACCUGAUUGAGAUCUUCCGGGUCGGAUACAAACACUGGGCCGUCUACAUCGGCAGUGGAUUCGUGGUUCACCUUGUGGUGAACGGUUUGGGCUCCAGCUCCCGCUGCUCCCUGCCUGCACCAGGAGAGAUGGGCGUUGUGAUAAAGGAGAAGCUGGAGGACGUGGUGCGUGGAGACAGGUGGAGAAUCAACAAUUAUCUGGAUAAAAAAUGCAAACCUCAGCAGAUUUACGCCAUCGUGAAGCAGGCUGUUUCAUUCAUCGGGACUCGGCUGCCGUACAGCCUGGUGAGAAGCAACUGUGAGCAUUUUGCCACCGACCUGCGCUACAGGAAGCCUAACUCUCGGCAGGUGGUCAAAGCUGCAGCCGGUAUUGGUGCAACCAUGGCUGGACUUGUUGCUGUUACUGGAGGUUUAGUGGGAAUCCUGCUGGGACUCAACAGACGCUGACUGGAACUGAUGGGAACAAACAUAUAAAAUAUCCUAUCAAUACAUUUAUUCAUUGAUUUCUGCUAGUUGUAGAAACUGUUGAUCGUUUUUCUCUUAAACUUUUAACAUUUAAAUUAAUCUUUGCUAAUAAUGAUGUUGAAAAUGUCAGAGUUCAGGGAUGUAAAUCACAUAAAUGUUGAAAUUUAUAACAGAUUAAAAAUGACUGUAGAAUCAUCAUCAGUGUAAAUAAAAUCUGAUAUUAAUCA